CCUGAUCAAAAAGAUGAAGAGACAAAAACCUCUGAUGAAGGGUUCAUGUAUACUGUAUUAAAAGAUUUAGUUUGUCAUAAACAUCUAUUUGCAUCAAUGAUUUCUGUACAGAUAACAUCAGAAACGAUUGGUAUAUGCAGAAACAUCUGUGAGAUUAGUACAGCCACUACUAUUAAUGAUAAAAACAACACUGCUAAUUCAUUUGCUAGUUAUAAUCACGAUAUUGGCUUUAAUAAUGAAAAUAUAUUCACAAACUCAGAUAAUGAACUAAUUAUUAACACUUCUCAGUGA